AUGUAUGCAGAAGGAAUUAAACGAUUAAAAGAAUAUUAUAGACGAGGUUUGCAUCAUAUAAAAUUAAUAUAUAAUCAGGAAGUAUUAAAAACAGAAACAAUUAAUACUGUUAGACGGAAGGCAAAAGAAAUAGUAGAAAGGGCAGUUGAAGAUACUAAUAGUAUUGAAAUAUUGAAUCUACAACAAAAAUCUUUAUUAACUGAUAAAAGUAAAGCAUCUUCCAAGAAACAAAUAUGUCAAAUAUCAUUAAAAGAAGCAAUUCAAAUUCUUUUGCCAAUAGUCAAACGUUCUAACCUACUUACAGAUAAAGAAAUACAAAAUUAUUUAGAUAUUUUAGCAGAAAAUAUACCAUCUUCUAAUGUUUAG